AUGUUCAUCAAGGAGCUGGUGCACCGCUGUUUCGAGGACAUGGAUAUGGGCAUCCACCCGUCUUACGGCGGGGAUCAGUACCGGCGGGACAUGCGGAGUUUGGCUUGCCAGGCUGGCCAACGACAACUGCUGGAGAGUCUGCGGAUCAAGGGUGUGGUUCUCCCGCCGCAACAUCAGUCGGACGACGACCGGGACGAUGACGUGAUAGAGUUGGACUUCGACAUCGAGACAAAGGUGAAGGACUUGGUCGCGUCCGACAACAUGCACGGGGCGCAGAUCGCCAGCGCCCUCAAGGAUAUCGAGGACCUGAAGGACCAGCUAUUCACAUGGGGUUCGAGUCACGAUGCGCUGUCGGACACCGUGUCACAACUCAAAAAGGGGUUCGAAAUGCUAGCGGCUAGAAUCGGGUGUGUUACGCAGGGUCUGGACCAAACCGACGAGGUCGGUGCAUCGGGUGGUGGUGCAGCACGAACGGUCCAACAGCCUAACAGCCAGACUGGACAGGCAGCAGAUACGGGAAACAUGCCUACAUCGCCGCCCGCCACGGUCACCUGGCCUGCAGCACACAGUUCACCAGUCCAUGUUCAGGGUCCGCCUCCUGGACAGUGGGGGAAUGUGCAAAACAGGACGUUGCCCACGUCUCGAUUGGGCGAGUUGCCGGUGCUGACUCAAGGUGCUGUUGCAACACCAGGGGGGAUCACAGCUGUCGCUGCUGCAACAGCAGGGUUGAUCCCGGGUGCGGGAGUUGCAACUGCAGGGGGGAUCCCGGGUGCGGGUUGCGCAUCAUCAGGCGGGAUUCUUGGUGCGGGCGUGUCACUGGCAGGGUUCCUCCCGGGUGCGGGAGUGGCAACAGCAGGCGGGAUACCGGGUGCGGGAGUUGCAACGGCUGGCGGGAUCCCGGGAGCGUGCGUGUCAACAUCUGGCCCGCGCCCGGUGGCGGGAGUUGCACCAGCAAGCGAGAUGCCCGGUGCGGGAGUGGCGGCAGCAGGCGGGAUACCGGGUGCGGGAGUUGCACCAGCAAGCGAGAUGCCCGGUGCGGGAGUGGCGGCAGCAGGCGGGAUACCGGGUGCGGGAGUUGCACCAGCACGCGAGAUGCCCGGUGCGGGAGUGGCGGCAGCAGGCGGGAUACCGGGUGCGGGAGUUGCACCAGCACGCGAGAUGCCGGGUUCGGGAGUGGCAACAGCAGGCGGGAUCCCGGGUGCGGGAGUAGCAACAGCAGGCGGGAUCCCGGGUGCGGGAGUAGCAACAGCAGGCGGGAUCCCGGGUGCGGGAGUAGCAACAGCAGGCGGGAUCCCGGGUGCGGGAGUAGCAACAGCAGGCGGGAUCCCGGGUGCGGGAGUAGCAACAGCAGGCGGGAUCCCGGGUGCGGGAGUAGCAACAUCAGGCGGGAUCCCGGGUGCGGGAGUAGCAACAGCAGGCGGGAUCCCGGGUGCGGGAGUAGCAACAUCAGGCGGGAUCCCGGGUGCGGGAGUAGCAACAGCAGGCGGGAUCCCGGGUGCGGGAGUUGCAACUGCAAGCGAAAUGCCGGGUGCGGCCGUUGCAACUGCAGGCGGGAUCCCGGGUGUGGGAGUUGCAUCAGCAGGCGGGAUCCUAAACGCUGGAGUUGCAACUUCACGGAUGCUCCCGGGUGUGGGAGUUGCUUCAGCAGGCGGGAUCCCGGGUGCAGGAGUUGCAACAUCGGGGUUGCUCCCGGGUGUGGGAGUUGCAACAGAAGGCGUGAUCCCGGGUGUCGGCGGGCGCGAGGGUGAGGGAGUUGCAACAGCUGGCGGGAUGCCGGCCUCGGGAGUGGCGACAGCAUCGGGCAACCCACCUGCCGGUGUUGCAACAGCAUUGGGGUUCCCAGCUACUAGUGUUGCAACAUCUCGGGGGAUCGCAGGAGCGGAAGUUGCAACAACAGGGGGGAUCUGCAGGGGAAAUCCCCGCCCAAUCACGCCUUCGGCGCUGCACAUGCAGGUGCAGGAAGCGUCGCACCAUCCCCGACAUGCAGCUUCUCCGGGUUAG